AUGGCGUCGCCGGAACGCGAUGGGAGCGUGCGGGGAGGGGAGAUGCGCGACGGCGUGGACGGUGAGGCGUAUCCGACGCGAUUCGCGUGGGCGUACGGCGGGCGAAACGUGCACUUGUGCGGGUCGUUCACGAAUUGGCUCGAAACGGUCCCGAUGGCGCAGGAGGGCGGGAACGGGGACGGACGAACGUUUACGGUGAUGUGUGACCUCCCGCCGGGGUAUCAUCAGUAUAAGUUCAUCGUGGACGGGCAGUGGAGACACGACGAGAAUCAAGCGUUCAUUCAGGACCCGCUCGGAAACGUGAAUAAUUGGUUGUACGUGAAACCAGCGGAAGGGGUGACGCCGCCGCCGGCGAGCGCACCGACGACGGCGAUGGAGACGCCGCGGAGCGCGCCGGUGCCGGUGCCGGGCAAGGCGCACCGAGUGGCGAUGAGCGAGGACACCGGAGGCAUGGAUUGGAUGCGAGACGACGCGGGCGACGGAGAGACCACGGCGGUGCGGGCUGGGGCGGUUAAGGCGAGACGAACGAGCAUGGACACGGCGAGCGCGCAGAGGGCAAUCGCGGAGGAGAAUGGGUCUGACGUCGGGAGUCCGAGAAGUGGGAGUGAAAUCGAUACGAGCGGGGCGCGCGUGAUGGAGUUUUUACACAAGCAUACAGCGUACGAGCUCAUCCCGGAAUCGAACAAGGUCGUGGUGUUAGACACCAAGCUGCCUAUUCGGCAGGCGUUCCAUGCAUUUUAUGAGCAAGGUAUUUACGCCGCCCCUCUGUGGGAUGAGGAAAAGAGAGACUUCGUUGGUUUGUUGAGCGCAGGCGACUUCAUCGACAUCAUGCGUCGGUUGACCAACGCGCUGUCAGAGCGCGAUGACGUGAGCGACGCGGAUCUCGAUCAGUACACCAUUGAUCUUGUUCGAGAGGAGUAUCAUGAGGAAGGCGUCAGCGUGCGGCCGCUCAUUCACGUCAAACCUGAAGAUUCGUUGUAUCACGUGGCGCUGACGAUGACGGAAGCCGGUGUGCACAACGUGCCCGUGCUUUCGUACAGCGCAGUGCGCCCGGCCGGGGGAUCUAUCUCCAAUUCACCGCUUUCCUCAGCGCAGCUAUUGCACAUGACCAACCUCGCCGAAGUGUUGGCGUGUCUGAACAGACACUUUAGGGGUAUUCCUAGCGCUCUUCCGCUGUUCUCGCAGCCAAUCGGAGCUUUGCCAAUCGGCACCUGGACGGAGCGUUUCGGCGGUUCUCGCUCGAAACCGAUUCCGCCCCUCCCUCAAGGCGUACAGGAGAGUCAUUUAGUGCGCAGUCUUUAUCCUAUACGCGCGGUGCAUCCGGACUCAUCGAUUGAACAGGUAUUCGAGGUCCUUCACGGGAUCUCGGCGCUCCCGAUCGUGAACGAGCAAGGUGUGCUCAUGGACCUGUACGCUCGCGGUGACGUCAUUCGUCUUGCCGCGAACAGCGCGUACAGGUCCAACGUCAAGACGAUGAGCGUCGCCCAGGCUCUCGGAGCGUCUCGAGUCACCGCAUUGAACGAACAAAACGAUCCGUCGUCCACGCACUACGGUCGAUUCAGCACGUGCGUCCGCGGCGACACCCUUCGCACGGCGCUCGAGAUGUUGUCCUUGCCCAACAUCCGUCGUCUCAUCGUCGUCGAUCCCACCACCAAGGUUAUCGAAGGCAUCGUGUCGCUCUCCGACGUGUUUAGCUUCUUGAUCGAAAACGCCUAG